AUGACCGAUCUUAACUUGCGAGUAUUCCUUAUCAUGGUUGAGCCGGAACGCGGGCCGAUUGCUAUCAUCCAGACACCCUCAUACUCAUUUGCGCGGCCGGACUCUUUGCUCCAGUACGUCACCGAAUUACUCUUGCUAGCCAGCCAUUUUUUGAGUAAUCAGAACGUGCCUAUUCGAACGGCUUAUAACUCCUAUAUCUAUACCCCCCCUACUCUUCAUGGCCCAAAAUUUUGUUACAAGCAUGCAAGAAGCACCAGUCUGGCCCACAUUGAUACAGUCUAA